GCUGUUGCUGUUCCAACUCCCGCAUGACCAUAGAGACAUUCAGGAACAUCUCCUGAAGCUACUAGCUAUCCCUUUUUAUCUUAAAUCCCAAGAAUCUAUCUCAUUUCAAUAUUCAUCCAUCAAUCUAGUUAUUAUUCAUAAUCGUUAAAGUGCAGAUUCGCCACCAUGAAGGCGUCUCUUAUCUCACUCCUACUGCCUGCGGCAGCUAGCGCUCGUUUCAUCGAAGCGAAUGAAGUCAACCGCAUCCUCCCUUACACGGAUGCGCUUCUAGAAAAAGUAGAAGCUCCAGAACGGUUCCUCAUCGAGUUGUCUCCAGGUGAGACGGCGUGGGUAACCGAAGAGGAAAAAUGGGAGCUACGUCGUGGAGGUUUGAACUUCAUGGACAUCACAGAAAAUGGCGACCUCGGCGCGCUACGUACUGCUUCGAAAUGGACACCGAUUUUUCCCGAGAAAGUCCAACUCCAAUCCGACAUCCAUCCCCUCUUGAAGAGUUUAUCGAAGGACCUAUUGCAGGAGCACCUCGAGAAGUUUUCAAGCUUCCACACGCGAUACUACAAGUCGGACUACGGUCGCCAGUCUUCUGAGUGGCUACUAAAGACAGUACAAGAUACAAUCAAGGAGGCUGGCGCUGAUAAAUAUGGAGUCAAGGCUGAGCACUUUAAGCACUCGUGGGGUCAGAACUCGAUCAUCGCGACGAUUCCCGGUCAGUCAAACUCGACUGUCGUCAUCGGCGCUCACCAAGAUUCAAUCAACCUUUGGCUGCCAUCGGUUCUUCCGGCCCCCGGUGCUGAUGAUGAUGGAAGCGGUACUGUUACGAUUCUUGAGGCCUUCCGCGUUCUCCUAUCCUCGGAGAGCGUCAUCAAGGGCAAUGCGUCGAACACGAUUGAGUUCCACUGGUACAGCGCCGAGGAAGGUGGCCUCCUUGGUAGCCAGGCAAUCUUUUCGGAAUACGAAAAGAAAGGCCGUGAUAUCAAGGCCAUGCUUCAGCAAGAUAUGACUGGCUACGUCCAGGGAACACUCGAUGCUGGAAAGCCUGAGAGUGUUGGUGUGAUCACAGACUUUGUUGACCCUCUAUUGACAGCCUUCAUCAAGAAGGUCAUCGAGGAGUACUGCGAGAUCCCAUGGGUUGAGACCAAGUGCGGCUAUGCUUGCUCCGAUCAUGCGUCCGCUUCCAAGGCUGGCUACCCUUCUGCUUUCGUGAUUGAAUCAACCUUUGGCGAAUCGGACCAGCAUAUUCACAGCACCGACGAUCUAAUCAAGUACCUCUCUUUCGACCACAUGCUUCAGCAUGCACGCAUGACUCUCGCACUCGUCUACGAGCUAGGGUUCACUGAUUUCGAAGGAUUGACGAAGGAUAAUGAAAUGGGUGAACUAUGAAGCAUUUAUGUUUCUUCAGACAUGUUCGUACAGCAUUAGUAUUGCUUAUCAAGAGCUGAUGGGAAUUGUCGGAGUUUUCAAGCAGUCGCUAGGCGCAUUGGGAUAAUAGUAGAUUGUGACUUCAAUGUUAUUUGUAUACGGCUAUCAGAUGCCUAGAUCGAUCUACAGAAUCAAUAGGUAGAAUUGAAUUGAGUUGGCUUCGAUUCAAGGUUGUUCCUUGCCCCUCCGAGGCUCAGACCUGGAAGGAACUCCACGAGACAGGUGCAAGGCAAGGGAGGCGGUACCUACCGCAUCUUGCUCAUCUCAGCUGCUUUCAGCACAAAGCCGAUUAUCCGAGCAGGAUAUGUCGGAAGAGUCGAGCUUGCGUCAU